AUGUCUCCCAAACAGAGGAAGAAGCCCUCCCGCCAGAAAAACCAAACGUCUGAUUCCUCCGUGACGUCCCCCGUAUUUACAACCAAUUACCGAGAAAUCCACCAGACAGAGGUGGAAGCUCUGCGCUCAAUCUAUGGCGACGACUUUGAAGAAGUAGAAAAUAGGCGGUCGGCCUGGCAGCAAUCCUCCGAUGUGACAUUCAAGCUUCAUUUGCGCUCCUCUUCGAAUCCAGACGUACUCCUCAUUUUGCUGGUCGAACUCCCCACUACGUAUCCUAAAACAAUCCCCAACCUCUCACCAGGAAACCUCGACGGCUUUCGCGAUGGAGCGCGCUCCCGGAUACAAGAAAUUCUACGCAACAAGCCAAAAUCUCUGCUCGGCAGUGAAAUGAUUUACGAGCUUGCGGUGUCCAUCCAAGAUGUUCUAGAGGAUGUUGCCCAGGCACAGGCACAGGACAAAGACCUACCCAGCCUUGAAGAGGAGCGCAUGGAACAAGAGGCGGCUGCUCUUCAGCGCGCAGACCUAGAAAAACAAGAGAAACUUCGCAAACAGAAGGCUGCAGCUGUCGAGGAAGAGCGCGCAUUGCAGGAAAUGCUUCAAGACAAGAUGCGACAGCGGAACAAGGCUCGUCUUAUGAGACGAAAGAGUCGAUCUGGCGGCGUGGAUAUGAGUUAUGUUGAUGACCUAGUGGAAAAUACACCUGGCGCCAUCUGCUUUGAUCCUCCGUUGGUCGUCAACGACACCGAUGAGCAGCCGCUGGUCUUCCGCGCCGUCUAUGGCAAGACCCUUCUGCAAAGCGAACAAUGCAGAAAGACUUUCACCGUCAGGCCUGUUGUGUCUGAGAGCCGAUGCUACGUCCCGCUGCUUGUGUUGAAGGAGCUUUGCCUCGUUGAGAAUAAUUCCGAAGGAUUGACAUUCCGUGAGCAGAUGCGCACUAGUGAGGACAAGUUAGAGGGAAUCAAGCGAUUGCGACAUCCCAAUCUUGUUGAAUUUGUGGGCUUUAAAAUCAACCGCCCAAUAGACCACUUGGAUUCAUCUGAUAAUUCUUGGACCGUCUUUGCGCUUUUCGAGUAUGCCAACAAGGGUUCCCUUUCCGAGCUCCUGGAUAUUGUGGGCACCGUAGCUGCUGACAUGCUCCGCGGCUGGAUGAUUCAGUUACUCGAGGCUCUGGAGUUCUACCACCGCAGCGGCUUUGUGCAUGGCAACAUUCAUUGUGGCCGAGUCUUCUUGUUCAGGACUCCUUCUGGUGAAACUAUCGUUAAACUGCAGUCCAACGUCGAAGAAGCCUUGCCCGACUCUCUUAGCAGAAAAACCUCUUUCGCGGCGUCGAAAUCACCACUUUGGCUACCCCCAGAGCUGACACAAGAAGGUUCUGCUCCCUCCAUGAAGACUGAUGUCUGGGAUCUUGGAAUUGUGCUGCUUCAGAUGGGCUUUGGAAAGGAUGUCCUUCUCAGGUACACCUCCGCCAAUCAGUUGAUGGUGUCUAUGGGGCUCUCGCCGCCCCUGCAAGAUUUGCUUUGUGAAUUCUUUCGCCCAAAUCCCAAAAAGCGUCCGACUGCUUUCCAGCUCCAACCGUCGGAGUUUUUCCGCGUGGAUGCGCCGUUAAAGAUGCGAGAAAGGGCAUCGGGAUCUGUGUCCAUGCAGAGACAGCCACGGUUAGACUCUUUUGGACCCGUGCCGGCUUUCUCACGAUAUCAUCAAGACUUCGACGAGACAGGCCAGCUAGGCCGUGGUGGGUUUGGGCAGGUAGUCAAAGCCCGGAACAAGCUCGAUGGUCGGUUAUAUGCGAUAAAGAAGAUCUCUCAAACAUCGGCUGCAGCGUUGAAAGACACCCUUUCCGAAACCAUGCUGCUAUCUCGGCUGAAUCAUCCCUAUGUUGUCCGAUACUACGCUGCUUGGCUUGAAGAGGACUUCAAUAACGUGGAGGAAGAGGCUAUGUCCUCCACCGAAGGUGAUCCGUUUGCUAGCCAUGACCAUGGAUUCAGUACAGGCGGCCUCGAUUUCAUCAGCUCCAGCGGAUAUCCAAAAAUAGAAUUUGCCGCAUCAGACAGCGAUGAUGAAAACGAAGGAACAUUAUCUGACCCCGCUUAUCCAGAGACGCCAGAGAGGAACAGGGUAAAUGAAAAUGAUAGCGACUUUGAUGCCGGAAGUGUGGAGGAAGUUGAGCUCAGCCGAGCGAGAUCUGGCUCUUAUGCCAGGCCUAUCGUAACGACACUCUACAUCCAGAUGGAGUACUGUGAGAAACAUACCUUGCGCGAUCUAAUAAAGGAUGAUUUGUGCGAUGAUAUCGAGCGUUCAUGGCGUCUCUUCCGGCAAAUUCUCGAUGGCUUGAGCCAUAUCCAUAGUCACGGCAUCAUACACCGUGACUUGAAGCCUGACAACAUUUUCAUCGACGUUGCAAACAAUCCCCGCAUUGGUGACUUUGGUCUUGCAACAAGUGGCCAAUUCACAACGGCUGUGCGUUCGUCCGCAGCCGCCGACUUCGAAGGAGAUUUCACUCGUAGUUUGGGUACAACCUACUAUGUGGCACCGGAGAUGAAGUCAGUUGUUUCGGGGCACUACAAUGAGAAAGUCGAUAUGUUUUCGCUCGGUGUAAUCUUCUUCGAGAUGUGUUAUUCAUUGCCAACUGGCAUGGAACGAGACCAAACUCUUCGACAAAUUCGUGAAAAGAAUCACACUCUUCCGCCCGCUUUCCAGCAAUCUGAUAAGUUGCUCCAGGGCCAGAUCAUCGAAUCUCUGCUGAGCCAUGAUCCGAGUGAACGCCCCACAGCCUCCGACCUUUUGUCCAGCGGAAAGAUACCUCUUCAGGUCGAAGAAGAGACAUUCAGACGGGCUAUUGUGCAUCUGCUCUCGGAUCCAAAUUCACCCGACUACAAAAAGAUUCUAUCAGCUAUCUUUUCUCAGUCGCCUAAGAAAUUCGAAGAUAUUGCUUGGGACAUAGACUCACAUGCAGUACCGGCCGCGAACGAGCUACUUGUCCAGGGCUUGGUUAAGAAGAAGCUAACCUCGAUAUUUCGAAGACAUGGUGCUGUCGAGUCAACAAGGCAAAUGCUCUUUCCUCGAUCUCAGCAUUACAACAACGGUGCAGUACGUGUGCUGGAUGCAUCUGGCAAUCUUUUACAGCUGCCAUAUGAUCUCACACUUCCAAACGCACGAGCAAUUCCAAGACAAGAUCACUCACUAGAGAAGACAUUUGCGUUCGGCACAGUCUACAGGGAUACAAUACAUGGUGGCGAACCACAAACUCACCGCGAAGUUGACUUUGAUAUUGUGUCCCACAACACCCUGGAUCUAGCCUUAAAAGAGGCAGAAGUGAUCAAAGUUUUGGACGAAAUCAUUGAGGAAUUCCCACCUCUGCGGUCUACUCCGAUGUGCUUCCUCGUCAACCACUCCGAUCUACUCCAGCUUAUUAUGGAAUUUUGUCGCGUCACGCCUACUCAAAUCCCCAAGGCAAAGGAGGUUCUCAGUAAGCUGAAUGUUGGAAAAUAUAACAUGCAAAAGAUUCGAAGUGAACUUCGGGCCCCGGCAAUUGGUGUUGCUUCAACUUCGUUGGAUGACCUUGCCCGUUUCGAUUUCAGAGACUCAUUGAAGGAGACAAAACGCAGACUUCAGAUUAUCAUGGAAGGAACUGAAUAUGCGGAGCGGAUUUCACCAAUAUUCGCUCGUUUGAACGUGCUCAUGACCUAUUUGCAGAGUUUCGGCGUGAAACGGAAGAUUUAUAUCAACCCACUCAGCAGCGUUCAUGACAAGUUCUACCGCGGUAGCAUUCUGUUCCAGUGUAUCUUUGAUAGCAAAAGACGCGGCGUGUUUGCUGCAGGUGGCAGAUAUGACCGGUUGAUUCAGGAAUUCUCACCUCAUGGCUUAUCAAAUCGACCUCAAGCACAUGCUGUUGGUUUCAACCUCGGCUCCGAUCUACUACGGUCAUCGAUGAUUGAUUACCUAAAGGCCAAGGCUCCGUCGAAAGAUUCAGAGACAAGUGCUGAGUUGUACUGGACAGCCCGUCGGUGUAAUGUACUUGUUGCCAGCUUUGACCCCGCAGUCCUCCGUACAACAGGAGUUAAACUGAUCGAAGAACUCUGGUCCAACAACAUAAGCGCGGAGCUUGCAGUCGAUGCCUCGUCCCUUGAAGAGCUUCUAGCAAAAUACAAAGACUCCAAUCACCGGUGCAUUGUAAUCGCCAAGCAAGAUAGCAAGGAGCGUGGGUUUAAAGUUCGGAAUCUGAUGCGCAAGGAAGAAUUCGAUAUCCGCCUCCCUGAACUUGUGCAGUGGCUUCGAUCAGAAGUGCAGGCGCGCCAGUAUCGCGAGGGAACUCCUGAUCCCCGCCAGUCCCGUCAAUUGAGCCAGCAGGAGGCUCUCGCGUUCCAGGAACGGGCCAAUGAUGUGCGCAUCCUCAUCCCCCAGCACCGAAACAAGAAGACGAACCGAAGGAACAUUGUUGAGUCAGCCCUUCUUUCCUCUCGAGAAGUAGCCGAAAACGCCCGCAACGGCCCUGUCGCAGCCAUCGACACCCGCGACGAAGUUCUCGACGCUAUUCGCGACACGCGUCUCUCUGACGCAGAGAGCUGGCGCAGCGUGAUCCAGAACGCACCGCUGACAGAGCGGAAGUAUCUUAGUCAAGUGCAUGAGCUACUCACUGACUUGGCCAUGGAGAGUCGCACAAAUGAUACCAUAGAAAGCUACACGAAUGCUUUCAUCUACAACUACCGCACAGGCUCCUGCGUAUACUAUGACCUGGGACCCUAG